AUGCAGGCUGGACAGACUCCUGUGUUUGUGAUGAAUGCUGCGCCGGAAAGGCAGUCGGGGAGAAAGGCGCAAAUAUCGAAUAUCACGGCUGCAAAGACCGUAGCAGACGUAAUUCGGACAUGUCUGGGCCCAAAAGCUAUGCUGAAGAUGAUCUUGGAUCCUAUGGGAGGUAUCUUAUUGACGAACGACGGCAACGCCAUCCUGCGAGAAAUUGAUGUUGCUCACCCCGCCGCCAAAAACAUGAUCGAGCUGAGUAGGACACAGGAUGAGGAGUGCGGUGAUGGUACAACGAGUGUCAUUAUCCUCGCCGGAGAGAUCCUAGCGCAAUCCCUCGCCCAGCUUGAGCGCGACAUCCACCCUGUCGUGAUCAUCUCUGCGUACAACAAAGCCCUCAAAGAAGCGCUCGACAUCGUCCAGCGCAUCUCCAUCCCGAUCGACACCUCCGACGACGCGCAGAUGCUCUCGCUCAUCAAGUCCUCGAUCGGCACCAAGUUCGUCGUGCGCUGGUCGGACCUCAUGUGCAAGCUCGCACUGGACGCGGUUCGCACCGUCUCCGCGGACGAGGGCGGCUUGACCACCGUGGACAUCAAGCGGUACGCGCGCGUCGAGAAGGUACCCGGAGGGGAGAUCGAGGACAGCAAGGUCCUGGACGGGGUCAUGCUCAACAAGGACAUUGUUCACCCGAAGAUGCGCAGGCGGAUAGCGAAGCCGCGCGUUGUGCUUCUGGAUUGCCCGCUGGAGUACAAGAAGGGGGAGUCGCAGACGAACAUGGAGUUCACGAAGGAGAGCGAUUACCAGCGGACGCUGGAGAUCGAGGAGGAGCAGGUCAAGGCGAUGGUGGAUAAGAUUCUCGAGUUCAAGCCUGACCUCGUUAUCACGGAGAAGGGUAUUUCUGACUACGCACAACACUUCCUCGCUAAGGCCAACGUCUCUGCUCUCCGGCGCGUCCGCAAAUCCGACAACAACCGUAUCGCACGCGCCGUGGGUGCGACGAUCGUCAACCGUGUCGAUGAUCUGCGCGAGUCGGACGUCGGCACCAAGUGCGGGAUGUUCCACAUCGAGAAGCUCGGCGACGAAUACUUUACCUUCCUCACAGAAUGCGAGGACCCGAAGGCGUGCACCAUCCUUCUCCGCGGGCCGUCCAAGGACAUCUUGAACGAGAUCGACCGUAACCUCGCGGACGCAAUGUCCGUCGCGCGCAAUGUCGUCUUUAACCCGGUCCUCGCGCCAGGCGGCGGUGCGACGGAAAUGGCCGUCAGCGUGCAGCUGCAUGCCAAGGCACGGUCCGUUACGGGCGUUGAGGGGUGGCCGUUCAGAGCUGUUGCGGACGCAAUGGAGGUUAUCCCCCGGACGCUGUGCCAGAACGCUGGAGGCAACGCGAUUAGGGUUUUAACAGAACUCAGGGCGAAGCAUGCGAACGGGGAGCACUCGUGGGGGAUCGACGGCAAUACGGGCAAAAUCGUCGACAUGAAGGAAUACGGGCUGUACGAGUCUGCCAGCGUCAAGAUCCAAAUAUUCAAAACGGCUAUUGAGGCCGCGCGCGUGCUGCUCCGCGUCGACGACGUCGUCCAGGCCAAGCGGCAAGAUCGGGAGGGCCAGCAGCCCAGCGCACCGCCGGAAGAGAUGAUGGGCGAGUAA